AUGGGGAUCACUCAAGAUCUUUUUCUCUGAUCUCAUGGCUCAUGGCAAGAGAAAAUCAAACCAAAGGUUUUGAGUUCCUCCUCUGGGGACUCUCGGAGCGGCCAGAGCAGCAGAGCACCCUCUUUUUGCUCUUCCUGUGGAUGUACAUAAUCACUGUGGCUGGGAACCUGCUUAUCGUCCUGGCCAUUGGCACGGAUGCGCAUCUCCACACCCCCAUGUACUUCUUCCUCGCCAACCUGUCCUGCACAGAUGUCCUGUUCACCUCCACCACCGUGCCUAAGGCCCUGGUGAACAUCUGGACCCAGAGUAGGUCCAUCUCCUAUGCAGGAUGCCUGACUCAGCUCUACUUCUUCUUGACCUUUGGGGACAUGGACAUCUUUCUCCUGGCCACGAUGGCCUAUGACCGCUAUGUGGCCAUUUGCCUUCCUCUCCACUACACAAUGAUCAUGAGUCUUCGGCGCUGCAUCUUCAUGGUGACCACCUGCUGGGCCCUUACAAAUCUUGUUGCCAUGACCCACACCUUCCUCAUGUUUCCACUCUCCUUCUGUUCUAAGAAGAUCAUUCCUGACUUCUUCUGUGACUUGGGACCUCUGAUGAAAGUCUCUUGCUCUGAUACCCAUGUCAAUGAGCUUGUACUUCUAAUCUUGGGAGGUGCAGUCAUUUUAAUCCCAUUUUUGCUAAUCCUGGUUUCUUAUAUCCACAUUGCUUUAGCAAUCCUGAGAGUCCCCUCUGCCCAGGGAAGGCGCAAGGCCAUCUCUACCUGUGGCUCCCACCUUGUUGUGGUUGGCCUGUUCUUUGGGACAGUGAUCAGGGCUUACUUGUGCCCCUCGUCUCCUUCCUCCAAUGCAGUGGCAGAAGACACAGCAGCUGCUGUCAUGUACACCGUGGUGACUCCCCUGCUGAACCCCUUUAUUUACAGCCUGCGGAACAAGGACAUGAAGGGGGCACUUGCAAGACUUCUCAAAGGCAAAAUCCUGUUGAGGGGCUAG